GCCUAAAACAUCAAAAUUCACAUCAGUCCCAUAUCCUGGAAAACCCAAUUCAACACAAACCCUAAUUUCGUUCAUCACUCCUUUAAAAGACCCACUUGCAAAGUAUCAAAAACCUAAAAACAUCGCCAAGGAUCAAUCAGCAGCCGAACAACAACAUCAGACACCAUGGGUAAGGUUCACGGAUCUUUGGCUCGUGCUGGAAAGGUUAGAGGGCAAACCCCGAAGGUUGCUAAGCAAGAUAAGAAGAAGAAGCCCCGUGGACGCGCUCACAAGCGUAUGCAAUACAAUCGCCGUUUUGUUACUGCCGUUGUUGGAUUCGGCAAGAAGAGAGGACCAAACUCAUCAGAGAAGUAAGAUCCAAGCCUUCAACAACAAUGUCAAUUACAGCCUUAUAGUUUAUAUCCUAGUAGCUUUCUUUUUAGUCUUUUGUAGUAAUGAGCAUGUUAAACUUCUGUUAUUUUUGGUGUUGUGGAGAUUUUGUGUAGUGUUGGAUACCAUGAUAUAUUGAUACUAACAAUUAACAAUUACAUCUGAUAUUUUUGUUUUUCAACUUA